AUGUGGUUGUGGAUGUGCAAGCACUAUUGUGUUUACCAAUAUUUACCGAUAGCCUUAUUUAUCACCUUUUCUGGAGUAUGCAUUUGUUGUAAAAGUAUCAGAAAGGUGCGUUUGCAGUAUACAUUGUUAGGAAGUGUUUUUCCAUCGUCAUGGAAGUUUGAGGGUUACCAAGAACGUUGUGAAAGGAAAUAUCAUGAGAAAUAUUGA